AUGCCGCUAACCGACCCGCAGCGACUAUACCUCUGGAGUACCGUCUUUGCGACGGAUCGCGACCUCGAGCUGAGGCGCGCGGUGGCCGAAGUGAUGAUCGCCGAGGGUAAAGUCGACCGAGCCGACCUGCAGAGGUGGCAAGAAGGUCUGCGUUCAGGUGUCGAGGGUUGGAUCAUCGGUAUGGCGGUGGGCCUGGCAAUCUCCUUCCCAGUCCUUCGACUCUACCCCGUUCGCAACGCCUACCUUCGCCUUCCUAUGCGUGCGCUUUCCACCUUUUCCGGCGGGACAGCGGGGUUCGCGGCGGUUUCCUAUCAUGUGUACCGCCAGUAUGGAUAUACAUACGGCGACGAUGAGAUCGACAGACUGUCUAGCGUUUCCGAAAAUAUACGGGACGAAGCGUACCGACGUGGACUUGCCAACCCACGCUCCUUGGAUUAGGUGGCGAUACACGCGCAUGCCACAGAAGAACAGCCGAUCUGUUCGCAUCGCUUUGACUGUGGCACCGAGUGUCGUCUUCGCAUCAACCAGCAAGCGGACGGCUAAGCAGACGGAGAACGAAGGGGAC